AAUGGCGAGAAACUGAAAUAUAUGGAGAGAAAGUAGGGGGUCAUUAGUAAGUUAUAAGUAGACAUAGGGAGAAACAUAAAUAAUAUAAAGAGAAAUACAAUACAAAGAAUUGAAUUGACUGAAGAAAUAAAUAGUGACAAUGUAGAAAGAGAAGGCAGGAUUGAUAAGAGAGGGAAAGAUGGCUAGACAGAGACAAUAAGAGAGAGAGAGGGGGAGAGAUGGCUCGCCAGCAAGAUAAACAGUUACAAUAAGAGAGAGAGUGAGAGAGAUGGCUCGCUAGCAAGAUAAUCAGUUACAAUGAGAGAGACGGCUCGCCAGCAAGAUAAACAGUUACACUAAGAGAGAAAGAUGGCUCGCCAGCAAGAUAAACAGUGACUAUAAAAGAGUUACAGAAGUGAAAAACGACAGAAAGAAGAAGCGAACAUGGCGACAUCAAAACGUAGGGGAAAAAUGUCGAAAAAGUCUAAAAUUGUCGCAAGAGUUAAAGAAUCUCAUGAACACAAUAAACAAUGGAAAUUUGUUGACGAAAAUGACAAACAGUUUGAAGAAAAGACAAACGGAUCCUUAAGUAGCCAGGUCUCAUACAUGUCCUUGGAUGUUUUAGCUCAAGUUGCAGCUGAUAAAUUACGAGAUGAUGAAAAAUUACGGCAGAAAUCAACAUCUAAAAAGGAGGAUGGGAGGGUGCUCCUGGCCCUCACAGACUCUCUGAGACAAGCAUCAUUGAUGUGA